AUGAAAUCGUUUGUACUCAUAUUUUCAAUUUGUCUAGUAGGUAUUGUUCAUUGUCAAGGUGGACAAGGUGGAAAAGGUGGUGAAGGAGGAGCAGGUGGUAAGGGUGGAAAUGGUAUAAUUGGUGGAGACGGAGGUAAAGGAGGGAAUGGUGGUAAAGCUGGCCGGGGAGGUAAUGGUAUUAUAGCUGGAGAUGGUGGUAGAGGUGGACGUGGUGGGGUAGGUGGUACAGGAGGACAAGGCUUGAUCGGUGGAGAUGGUGGAGACGCUGGAAACGCAGGCAGCGGAGGUACUGGUGGUAAAGGUCUUAUUGCUGGCGAUGGUGGUCGAGGUGGUCAAGGUGCAAGAGGAGGUCGUGGAGGAGAUGGUUUGAUCGCUGCCGAUGGUGGUAGAGGUGGACGUGGUGGAGUAGGUGGCACAGGAGGACAAGGCUUGAUCGGUGGUGAUGGUGGAGACGCAGGAAAUGGAGGCAACGGAGGUACUGGUGGUAAAGGACUUAUUUCUGGCGAUGGUGGACGAGGUGGUCAAGGUGCAAGAGGAGGCCGUGGAGGCAGUGGUUCUAUCCCUGGAGAUGGUGGACGUGGAGGGCGUGGUGGGCGAGGUGGACAAGGGAGCUCUAAAAAUUAA